UCUUGUGCGAUACUCCAAAUACUACAUCGCCUGGUGGUGCACAUGAAAUCAGAUCUGAGUCGGGGUUUGUUCACAUCAUCUUCACCUUCACUUUCCCCAUCGCCAUCCUCCUUAUCACGAAACAAACCAGCAUCACCUUCACCUUCACCUUUUCCCAUCUUGCACUCUCAUCUCACUGUGGCAGCCCUUACAUAUAAAUACCUGCUUCCCCUCCCACACACUUCUUUCUCUCUCCACCACAAACCUCUCCACACUAUCUACUUCCAACCCCAACUCAAGCUAUCAACAUGCCGCCCAAGAAGACUGCCGCUGCCGCUGCCCCCGCUGCUGACGGGGAACAAAAAUUUUCAUGGACAGUGGAGAAUGAGCGUCGUCUUCUCAUUCUUUGCAUUGGCCGCGGAACGAUCAGCGGAAACGAGUACAGAGAGUUCCUCAAGGCCAUGCCAGCUGGUGCAAGCUUCGAAGGCGUUCGUCAGAGGUUCGGAAAGCUCAAGCGCGAACAGAAGGCCAUCUAUGAAGAGUGCGGUCUCGCCGCCUCCCCCGACAACGCCGAUGCCAGCGCUCCCCCUUCGUCUUCUGCCAACCAAGCUGCCCCAAAGGGAAAGAAGCGCGCUGCUCCCGCUGCCACGGCUUCCGAUAACAACAACGACGGCGCUGAGGAGCCUGCCCCCAAGCCCAAAAAGGCUCGUGGACGCAAGAAGAAAGUCGAGGCCAAUGUCGACGGUGAGGACGCCGGCAACGAGGUCGAGGGCGGCACUUUCACCAGCGUCAAUGGCUCUGGCGUCAAGCAAGAGGAAGUCGAUUCUUUGGUCUGAGUGGGCAAGUCUCAGAUGGUUAUUCGUGUCU